UGUAAAAUUUCUUUCUUUUUAAAGAUCACUAUAAAAUGCCUCCAAAAAACAAGGAGAAGAAAAAACGAAAAAAAAGUGCAAAGAGCGAUGGCCCCUCACUGGAAGAGAAGUACCAACAAACAUUACAAAAAAUUGACUCUUUACAAGACCAUUUGACUGUCCGAAAUGAAAUUGCUAGAAGAUCUCAAGCAACAUCCCAUGGCUUAAGAGAAAAGAUAAAGGAAGCGAGUGACUGUAUCGAAGAAGAAAAGAAGAACAAAUUAGACAUCUCGUCUGACUUAAUCCGUCAAUACAAAAGCAUGCAAGCAGAACUCACCAAUAAAAUUUGUUCACUUGAAUCAAAUCUGGAAAAUGUGAAGGAAAAAUUGUUGAAAACUCAAAAUGAACUAAAAGCAGAGGAAGAGGAGAAGUUAAAGAUUAUUAAAGAAAAGGAUGACAUUAUUGCUGAAUUAGAGUACAAAAUUGAGCAUAUGGAGUCUGCGUAUGAAAAUGUUUUGCAUGAUGCAUUUGAUAUGCUGACUGAAAGGUUUGACAGUGCUAGAAUUGCCUGGAAAGCCGAAGCAACAGAAAUACAGCGUAAAAACAAAGCUCGAUUACUUGAGUUUGGAUUAAAACCUUUAUAUAUAUAAUGAACUAAUGCAUGUAGCUAUUGCUGAAUUAAAGUGAUUGGUAUGGCAUGUCAAUCAUCUUUAGUGUAGUCAUUUGGCAUAUAAAGUAUAUACAACACAUAUGUAAUCUGUAUGGUUUUAUUGAUAGAGACUGGAAAAAUUAUUUUCAUAAAUAACAUAUACAUGCUGUACGUUUAGAACUUGUUUGUGUAACACAUUUAACAUCAGAUUUUUGUAUAUGUUUUUGUACUGUACAUUACAAAUAAUUUUGGUGUGUGUAUAUGGAACUAAUAGAACUAAUAUAUAGAAGUAAUUACACUAUGCUAAUUACACUGAACUAAUUACCAUUAUAACUGUGUAUGAACAACUUAUAAAAUAAUCCUAAUUAUAUUAUGACUGAUCUAAUAAACCCUAAUAAUACACUUCUCCUGAGUUACAUGUUUUAUAAUUUUACAAUUUUGGUGUUUUGACUUUAGGAUCUUAUUCAGCAAUAUUGAAUGCUGAAUUUAAUAUAUACAAAGAAAUGUUUUUCAAAAUGCUGGUUACUUUGUGGUAACAAAGAAAGUACUAGAACAAUAGUCACUGAUUCUCUCAAGUAUAUAAUUUUUAUAAGAAAUGGAAGAGAAUGUUCCAUCCUUACUUAAAAAAAUGACUUCAGUUAGUUAUGUCAGGACUUAUUUUCACAAAUUACUAAAUCCGUAAUUUUUCACUAGGAAUAAUUUUGCGGAUUGCACAUUUUGAGAUAUUUGUUAAACUGUUAUAAUAUCUGAAAUUUUUUUUAUAAAUUUUGAUUGUAUACCUAAAUCAAAAUACCAAGGAUGCUUACAUAAUGUUUAAAAUAACUUUAGAAUAUCACAACAAUGGUACCCACAACAAAGCAAAUUCCUUCAUGUAAUUAGGAAGACAAAAAUUGCUUGCUUAAAUGACAGAUUACAUACAUAUUCAUUAUAGAUUGCAUAUGUUGAAAUAUUUGUAUCUAAAUGUAAAAUUUCUUUUUUUUUUAAAGAUUGUAAUAAAAUGCCUCCAAAAAACAAGGAGAAGAAAAAACAAAAGAAAAGUGCAAAGAGCGAUGGCCCCUCACUGGAAGAGAAGUACCAACAAACAUUACAAAAAAUUGACUCUUUACAAGACCAUUUGACUGUCCGAAAUGAAAUUGCUAGAAGAUCUCAAGCAACAUCCCAUGGCUUAAGAGAAAAGAUAAAGGAAGCGAGUGACUGUAUCGAAGAAGAAAAGAAGAACAAAUUAGACAUCUCGUCUGACUUAAUCCGUCAAUACAAAAGCAUGCAAGCAGAACUCACCAAUAAAAUUUGUUCACUUGAAUCAAAUCUGGAAAAUGUGAAGGAAAAAUUGUUGAAAACUCAAAAUGAACUAAAAGCAGAGGAAGAGGAGAAGUUAAAGAUUAUUAAAGAAAAGGAUGACAUUAUUGCUGAAUUAGAGUACAAAAUUGAGCAUAUGGAGUCUGCGUAUGAAAAUGUUUUGCAUGAUGCAUUUGAUAUGCUGACUGAAAGGUUUGACAGUGCUAGAAUUGCCUGGAAAGCCGAAGCAACAGAAAUACAGCGUAAAAACAAAGCUCGAUUACUUGAGUUUGGAUUAAAACCUUUAUAUAUAUAAUGAACUAAUGCAUGUAGCUAUUGCUGAAUUAAAGUGAUUGGUAUGGCAUGUCAAUCAUCUUUAGUGUAGUCAUUUGGCAUAUAAAGUAUAUACAACACAUAUGUAAUCUGUAUGGUUUUAUUGAUAGAGACUGGAAAAAUUAUUUUCAUAAAUAACAUAUACAUGCUGUACGUUUAGAACUUGUUUGUGUAACACAUUUAACAUCAGAUUUUUGUAUAUGUUUUUGUACUGUACAUUACAAAUAAUUUUGGUGUGUGUAUAUGGAACUAAUAGAACUAAUAUAUAGAAGUAAUUACACUAUGCUAAUUACACUGAACUAAUUA